UUCUGGUCUGUUCUGUUGAAUUUUGAGCCUCAAAAAUUCAUAGAAAAGUAAUUAUAAGAGGACACCUCAGAAUACCCGUCCACAGGGAGUCCACACCUCGAUUUCUAUUCAACGAGCCAGUAAAUUCAAUGAAGGAAAUAUAAGUCCCUACAAUUGAACGGGUUUUGAGUAACGGGAUAACGCUAAACCGACGGACGGAGAUGGAAAGGCUGGAUAGAACUAUGACUUUAUUCAACUUUUAGCGCACAUACAUUAUCAGCACUGAAUUACACCAUGUACAUGUUAUCAUCGUUACCUAUUUUUAGUUUCAGCAUCUUGAGACUGGUUUCUUGAAAGUUCAUGUCGUAGACCUUUUGUUUACCGGCAACUAUCACGUCCGAUAUUUUGUUUUAUAUGAUUUCAACAUGAAUGGUUCAAAUUAUAUGAGAUGAUUGAGUCUUAAAUAGAUUUCAGUUGAACAAUAAUAUAUAUUUGAUUUAGUAAAGUAUGUUGCUCAGUAAAUGGGGAAGAGGGGACUUCUGUUUUUGUCUUCUUUGGGGGGGGGGGGGGGGGAGGGAUGGGAGGUUAGAGCUGGAAAAAAAGGAGAAUAAAGUUUUAAAUUGAAAUGUAAUUUACAAGUUAAAAAAAAGUCUAUAAUCGAUUAAUGUAAAGGAAAUAAUGAAUGGAAAACCUUGUAAUAAUGGAAAAAUGUGUAACAAAAAUGUAAAAUCAAUCAUAGAAAAUCUCCAAUAAAAACUAUAUAAAAAAAAUGAUUUCAACAUAAGUUCUACAUGAUAAAAGAAUAUUUUUUCUUCUGAAUCUGAAAUCGGUAACAGAGAAGAAGCUAAAUCAUUUAGACUAACCGUUGAACAUUUCAAAGAAAUUAUCUUUGUCAAUUUUUUCUGCUUAGUUUUAUAAGAAACAGCAACGAUGUUUAUUUUUUGUGUUUAUUCACGGACUCUACGAACUAAACGUUGAUUGGUGAAUUGCCAGCCAACCAGAAAGCACCAAAUACUGACAAGAGCGUAAAUAAAGAGAGAUCUCGUGCCGAAGGUCCAGUGAAGACUCGCCUUCAAACAAGUCUACUCAAGUUCCGCAAACAUCUCGACUUUCAAAGUUUGAAGAUUUAAAGAAAGCGCACGAUUUUUAGAGAUGAGACAAAGAUCGACGAUUCUUGUCUUGUUGCUGUUAUCAGCUACCGCGAUAUUGGCAGAGGAUGUCCUAGAUCCCACUAAGGAUGAAGAAACCCCUGAGCUUGCCAAGACCGCCCCGAAUAACGAUCCAAGCGCUGAUGACGUCAUGAUUGAUAGAGACCCCUGAGCUUGCAAAAAACAGCCCCCUAGCGACGACAACACCAAUGACGACAUGAAUGAUAAAGACCCUGAGAUUGACAUGGCCACCCCCAAUGCUGAUGAAACUAUGGACGACUUUGCUGACGACGGAGCCCCUGAACGUGCCAGGAACACCCCGAAGAAUCAGAAGAGCGAUGAUUACAAGAAAGCAAUUUCCGUAAAAGCCGCUGAACACCCUGACGAUGCCCCUGCCAUUACCAAGACCUCCCCUGAAAGAGAUCUAAGGUCUGACGAUUCUCCGUCUUUCUUGACUCUUGAUCGGCGCGGCUGGAGCGGCUGGUCCAUUUGGUCUGUUCCCAAGGAGAGCGAGUUCCCAGACUAUGACCAGUUCACACAGGACGGAGUGAGAUGUCUGGUGGGGUGUGGACCGGUCGCAUGGGCCAUGGUGUUCGGGUACUAUGACCGGCUAGCUGCAACCUCAUCCUCGUAUGGAUACAGCUCAAGGUUGUAUAGAUGUAACGGCGCAGACGGGUCCCCAAGUUGUAUUCCACCAAAGUCUAAUAACGACAUCCUACGAAGAUACAGUCGAACCUCUAUUAAGCGGCCCUCUAUUGAGCGGUCACCCUCUAUUCAACGGUCAUUUACCAAUGUCCCGAAUUUUCCCCGUUAUGUUUACUGUAAACUUGACCUCAAUUGGUACCAAGCCAGACAGGGUGGAGGAGCCAGUAUUUCUAAAUACACUACAAGCUUGUCAGUGGCGGGGUGGGUCCAGACGUGGAUCCGGAACGAAGCGAGAGACGCAAUUAAGCAGGGGUAUCCGGCCAUUGUGGGAAUAUGGAUUAAGGGGGCGCAGCAUUACGCAGUGGCCUUCAAGUACAAGACUCGUACGAGGGUGGGUAAUUGGGUGACGGAGAGGCAGGAGAUGGGAUGGGAUGCACAUGGGAUGGGGAGGGUCCGAAAACGGAUGGUACAAAAUCCAUGGUACAUGGAUUUGUAGCAAGGAAGUAGGUCGGGCUCUCGACAUCUGACAAAUAAAGAUGUAAGACAAACAAACGAAGAUAAAGAAAUAUAUCUAGA